AUGAAUUUAAUAUUUAUUACUAUUGUUUUAAUUUAUUUUGCUUCACAAUCUCACGAAAAUGUUUUUUUUUCCGUUCCAUUUCAUCAACAUUUUAGCGAUCAUUCAAGUACAUAUGAAUAUCGAGGAAAAAAUUUUUUUAAGUUAAAAAAUUUAAUACGGAAAGUUUCAUUAGAUUUUCCAGAAGUACCAUAUAAAAGUAUAUUAUUAAAAAGAGAAUUAAUAACUUAUCAAGGCAUAGUAAAUGAUACUCGUAGAGAUCACAGAUAUCUUCAGGUUCAAAUAAAUGGUAAAUCCAGAUAUAUAACUCUUCCACCGCAUCACGUUUUGGUAGAAUUUGUCAUGCAUAAUGGAAGAAAAUAUUUUAUUUGUAAUAGAAGCCCUUUUAAUACAUAUACAAAAGCUAGAAUAUUUUGUGAAUAUUUAGAAGCAUAUAGUAGUUUAACAUCACAACAUAGACUUUUAGGAGAAUAUCCUCUUGCUUCUAGAAUUUGGAGAAAUACUUGGAGAGAUUGUUAUUAUAAAUGCUUUUCACAAAAUCACUUUGAAGAAUUAACAAUAAGAUUUCUUAGAGAAUUAAAUAUGAUAAGAAAUAUUUUACAUCACUUUCCAAUCCGAUACAACAAAAAUUUAGAAACUAUAGCGCAUCAUCAUGCAUCAAAAAAUGCAUUAGCAAACAAACUUUUAGUAGUAGGUACUAAAAGAAGUAAGGUACAUGAAGUUGCUGCUUUUGCUAGUCCACCAUUUGCUAGUUUAUUAAUUAAUAGAUUGUAUAAUGCAUUUUUAAAUGAAAAUAAAGAUAAAAAUAAAAAAAGUAAAAAAGAAUCAAAACAGUUUUAUUUAUUACUUUCUACACGUAUAAGUGAAGUUGGAAUUGGAGUUAUUUUAUAUGAAAAUAAAUUAUCUAUUGUAUUAACAUUUAAAUAG